AUGAUCAUGGAUGCUGGUAUCAAGAAAGAAAUAGAACAGAAUAGGGAAAUACUAUCUCCAAUUAUUGAUUCUGUCAUUUUUUGUGGACGUCUAGGUUUACCUCUUCGUGGGCAUCGUGAUGAUUCCAAGUAUCACCCUACUGUUGGUUGUUAUUCAUCUGGAGGGGUUGGUAAUUUCAUUGAAACACUCAAUUAUGGAGUUAGGAGAGGGGAUAAAGUUUUAGAAAAUCAUUUAAAGAAUUGUGGUAAGAAUAGAAGUUAUAUUUCUAAAACAAGUCAAAAUAAAAUCAUUAAAUGUUGUGGCCAGGUAAUCAGUAAUCAGAUUAUUUCUGAUAUCAAAAAAAGAAAGUUUUUUUCUGUUAUUGCUGAUGAAGCAUCUGAUUCUUCAUAUAAAGAACAAAUGUCUCUUGUUUUGCGCUUUGUUGAUACCGAUAUGAAUAUCAGGGAAGAAUUCAUUUCAUUUCUUUUUUGUAAGUGGAGACUAAGUGGUGCUCAACUUGCCAAGCUACUUUUAGAGGCUCUAAAGGAACUGACUUUAUCAAUAGAUGAUUGUAGGGGGCAAGGUUAUGAUGGGGCUGGUUCAGUUGCUGGUUGCACUAAUGGUCUAGCAGCUCAAAUUUUAAAGCUUAACCCAAAGGCUCUUUAUACACACUGCUAUAGUCAUAGGUUAAACUUAUCCAUUUGCGAUUCUUUGAGUAUACGUGUUGUCAAUGAUAUGUUGAAACAUGUUAACAAUGCCACUAAUUUUAUUAAAAUUUCCCAAACUCGCAAUAUUCCCUUGAAAAACAUAUACGUAAUUCAGAAACAAACUCGAAAAAGACUAGAUUAA